AUGUCGGGAAAUGUAAUCCCCAGAAGUAUACUACAAGUUGUCGGUACGAACGGAAUUGGAAGAUACGUGCCGCAGCUGCAACGAAUAACGAUCAAAUUCUGUAAGUCUCGGUCGGAUUCUAAAGGUGUCAGGGACUAUAUCGAGGGAUACUUGGUUGAUUUCGCUCGGAGAAAUCCCGCGACUGUUGUUUAUGUAAAGCCUCGUCGACACAGGCCGCCGCUGCUUGUAGCUGAGUAUCUGUGCGGAAACUGGCAAUACGUAAAAGCUUCUCAAAUGGAAUGUGAAGAGAUUCAUAAUUGGAUGGAAUUUUUGCGAAAUCGUUCGGGGUUGGAUAUCAUGCCGAUUUACAAGACUUGGUCCACCAAGUCACCGUCAAUACAGGGCAUGUGGCACCCAUUUAAUUCGGAGUCUGAAACAGAUUGUUUACUCAGUCCAGAAGAAAUCAAGCAAAACCUCCACAUCCUAUCUGAACCUGUGCGUAUUGAUGGGCUCACCGCCGAGGACCGCCUCUUGGACCUUGCAGAGAAACAACAACUUAGAGUUGACAACUA